AUGGCACCAAUACGGCGUUAUCUCCGCAUCACCAAAUACUCAGUCUUGGAAUGUCGCAUUUACCUUGACAACCCCGCGCUUGCCCAGUCAUGGCUGCUAAAUCCCCGGGAUCCAAUUCUGCCCAAGGUCAUCGAGAGCGUGCGACCAUUGGUGCUUCCCAAGCUGCGCGAGGAGCAGGAACGUUCGUACAGCAAGAAGAAAAGCAAGAAGCGGAGCAUCAAAGAUGUUGUUGCUGGAGAUGAUUUCGAGGUAUCGAUCUUCCUGACCGAGACCGACACACGGCACUCGUUACUGCACAAAAAGAAGCUAUUUCGUGACAAACUCCAGACACGACUGACUUCCAAUAACUCAUCUCGGCUAGUGGGCGCCUCCCGCGAGGCGCCCAUCGACAUCGACAAGGCCGACACUAGCCUCGAAAUCGCCCCUGAAGACGCGGAUGCCGACGUGCCCAUUCUCGGUGAGGACGAUGACGAUCAAGACGCCGUCAAGCUCGCCGACAUCCCCAUGAUCGAUGAAACGGUCGCACAGCCGGGGCUAGCCAAUAGGAGACCUAAGCGGCGGCGUGUCCGCGACCAGGGGCAGGAAUCGGAGAUCACCUCCAGGGACGACGUGGAGGUGAUUGAGGACUCUGGGGAAGACGACGACGAUCCGGGCUCUUCGGCAGAUGAAGACGAACCAUUUCAGGGGCAAGACGAGGAUGGGGAGAGCGAGGGCAGCAGCGAUCCUGGAUCGGCCCGGAGGCCUCCGAAACGGCGAAAAGACAAAGAUGCUGUCGAUGCGGAGGGUGAGGUAGCAGACGCAGCAGCAGCGGAACGGGACCGCGAUGACAAAAAGAAGAUGGCACUGGAUAUCUCGUAUGAGGGCUUCGCCAUUUACGGGCGGGUGCUGUGCCUCGUGGUAAAGAGGCGCGGCGAGGGCGCGGGCAGAAGCGAGAGCUCAGCCGUCUCAGCUGGCGCUAUCGCAAAUAAUCAGACCGGUGCCAAAACGCAACCGGGACGGCCUGGCGGCCAGGCUAUGAUGGAGAACUGGAUCGCGUCUACUCAACUUCCCGAUGAAGCGGCUGAGGAUGAUGUGGGUGGGCCGGCGUGA